AUGUACAUAAUAUUUAAAUUCGCCCGUAACUGUAUACGACUGUGCAAACGGUUUAAAAGUACCACAGUAAACAUAAUUUUAAAAGAAAGUUUGCCUACAGCGGCAUACCAACCAGACGUAGUAGAAAAAGAUAAAUAUGCAAACUGGGAAAAGAGGGGUUUGUUUAAACCGAGCAAUAAUGAUAAACCCGUUUUUAGUAUGGUUUUACCACCGCCCAACGUUACAGGAAGACUGCAUUUAGGUCAUGCUUUGGCAUGUACGGUCCAAGAUGUGAUAGCGCGCCACAAGAGAGCUGCAGGCUAUAAUGUUCUAUGGGUGCCAGGUAUGGACCAUGCUGGUAUAGCAACUCAGGGUGUUGUAGAAAAAUAUCUGAAUAGAAUUCGCAAUGUGGACCGUCAUCGACUGGGCCGGGAACUAUUUAUUGACGAAGUCUGGAAAUGGAAGGAAGAACACGGCAACGCAAUUGGAGAUCAACUACGUAAACUUGGUUGCUCCCUUGAUUGGUCCAGAGAAGUGUUCACUAUGAACGCAGACCACACUUAUGCAGUAAACAUGGCUUUCCAAAGGUUGUUUGAUAGAAAUUUAAUUUAUCGAAAGAAAGCUCUAAUUAACUGGUGUAGGGCUCUUAAUUCAACUAUCUCCGAUAUUGAACUAGAUUUGUUGAAAAUAGAUGGGCCUACGCAUCUAAAUAUACCUGGAUAUGAAAAACCUGUGUUGUUUGGGCAGUUAUACAGUUUUGUUUACAAGAUAUUUGGGUCGUCAGAUGAGAUUGUGGUGGCAACCACGCAACCAGAGACUAUGUUAGGGGAUUCAGCAGUCGCUUUCCAUCCUGAUGAUAACAGGUACAAGAGUCUUGCUGGUAAAAGAGUUAUCAAUCCACUCACAGGUCGUUCAAUGCCAAUAAUUUUUAACGAUUUUGUUGAUAUGCAUUUCGGCUCUGGUGCCGUUAAAAUCACUCCAGCUCAUAGCAAAGUCGACUUCGAUAUCGCCAACGAACAUAACUUGGAGUAUAAACAGGUUAUUGGUGAAGACGGCAAGAUGCAAAAUUCAGGCAGUUACGACGGUCUGAUGCGAUACGAUUGCAGAGAAAAAGUAGUCCAAAAACUAAAUAACGAUGGAUUAUUUGUAGGUGUCCUUCCACAUAGUAUGUGUUUGCCGAUUUGCAGUCGAACAGGGGACGUAGUAGACUUCUUGCCCAAAGAACAGUGGUUCAUAUCAUGUACCGACAUGAACGAAAGAGCAGCUGAAAUGGUCAAAAGUGGCCAGCUCAAAAUAGAACCGGAGAGAUUUGUCGAUAACUGGCUACAAUGGUGUGCGGAUGACAGAGAUUGGUGUAUUUCACGACAACUUUGGUGGGGUCAUCAAGUGCCUGCGUACAGAUGUUCUACGGUUGAUAAAGAGGUGAUCUGGGUAGCUGCACAAGAUGCGAACGAAGCGCGAAAACGUGCAUCUGUAUACUUGAGGACGUAUCCAGAUUCAAUCCUAGCUGAAAGAGAUCGGGACGUGUUAGACACUUGGUUCUCUUCUGCCAUUUAUCCUUUCGCGGCUUUGGGUUGGCCCCAGCAUCACUACAGCAAAGACUACCACGAUUUCUACCCAUUAAAUUUAAUGGUGACCGGACAUGAUAUCCUAGGCUUCUGGGUUCACAGAAUGGUCAUGCUGGGCUUAGAAUUAACGGAACGACUGCCAUUCCCAAAAGUGCUGCUGCAUGGUAUUAUUUGCGAUAAUAAGGGAGCUAAAAUGUCCAAAAGCAAAGGGAACGUGAUUGAUCCAAUCGACAUCAUCAAUGGUAUAUCUUUGGAAGAUCUCAGGCAAAAAACUAUUGAUAAUAAAAACAAAGGUCUUUUGAAUCAAGAAGAAUUCGAUAAAGCAAUAUCAUAUCAAAGAUAUAAUUUCAUGGCUACUGAAGGCAUACCUCGAUGUGGAGCAGAUGCGCUACGGUUCACAUUACUUUCCCACGAUAUAAAAUCUAACUUCGUCAACUUUGAUAUCAACAUGUGCCACGCAAAUAAGUUGUUCUGCAACAAAAUUUGGCAAAGCGUUAAAUAUCUGCAACUGAACUUUGACAAACUGAAUAAACCGCACGAUGUGGUUUGUUUAGACGAUCUCACAUGUUUUGACAAAUGGAUACUUAGCAGAUUGCAAAAUAUGGUUGCGAUUGUCAAUAAGACUACAGCUGAUGCCGAUUUCCAUUUGACAACAAAAGCGUUAAGGACCUUUCUGUACAAUGAAAUGUGUGACAUAUAUUUGGAAGCAACUAAGCCUGGUUUUCAAGGAUAUAAAAAGACAGUUGCAUUUGCCCAUGCCCAUACAUUGUCUGCAGUGUUAAACACAGGGCUUCGAUGUCUUCAUCCAUUUAUGGUUUAUCUGACACAGGAAAUAAUCCCAAAAAUUCCUUCUUUUCAAGAUAAUAUUAUUUACAAUUUCACAGAUUUAGACAAACCAGUUUUUGAUUGGCCUUUGCACAGUGACUUUCAAAGUUGGGAUCAUCCAAAUGUGGAAAAGAAAAUUGGAAAGAUCCUGAACACUGCAUCUUUGGUUAGAGAAUUGAAAGGUUUAUGUGGUAUAUCUAAUCGGUUGCGACCUUUAGUUUGCGUAAGAACAGCUGAUGUCGAUUUGAAAGAUGAUCUUGAAAAUUUUAAACCAGUAAUUCUUGGUUUAACGAAAUGCAAAGAUCUUCAGUUUGAGGAUGCAGAAACGGCACGAAAAAGAUUCAUAAAAGGUUUCAUAGAUUUCGAUACAUUAGUUGGUGUGGAAAUAUUGAGUGACGACGUAGAAAAAACAUUAUCGAUGGCGAAACGAAAACUGACGCUGAAAAUUGAGAAACUAGAAAAGGCUUUAACGAAGUUGGAAACAAAAAUUAAUAAUUCAAAUUACGUUAACACUGUAUCAGAAAGUAUGCGUAUUAAAGAGAAACAAAUUUUAUUACACAAAAAAGAGGAGCUAAAAAGAAUGCAGACUGAUUUAGGAAGGUUAUCUUUUGAAAAUAUUGGCAUAAACAAGAAUAACUUAGAAAUUAAGUGA